GAGGGUCCAUGCUGGUCCGGAGAGCCGCCGGCCCCGCCCCCCCGGACGGAGGCUGGGGGUGGGUGGUGGUGCUGGCCGCCUUCCUCCAGUCCGCCCUGGUCUUCGGCGUCAUCCGCUCCUUCGGCGUCUUCUUCGUGGAGUUUGUGGAGCAUUUCGAGGAACUGUCCGGGCGGAUCUCGUGGAUCACGUCCAUUGGGAUCGCGGUGCAACAGUUUGCCAGUCCUGUGGGGAGCGCCUUGAGCACCCGCUAUGGGGCUCGGCCCGUUAUCAUGGCCGGUGGGUUCUUCUCGGCCCUGGGGCUUCUGUUGGCAUCGUUUGCUACCAGUUUGGUGCAUUUAUAUCUCAGCAUUGGGCUUCUGUCAGGCUUCGGCUGGGCCUUGGUCUUCACGCCUUCCGUGGCUUCCGUGGCUCGCUACUUCAAGAAGCGUCGGACACUGGCCACCAGUUUGGCCCUGACCGGCGUGGGCCUCUCCUCCUUUGCCUUCUCCCCUCUCUUCCAAUUCCUGGUCAACACCUACGCCUGGAGGGGGGCCAUGAUGAUUGUGGCAGGCAUGUCGUUCAACCUCGUGGUCUGUGGCGCCCUGAUCCGGCCCUUGACCCUGAAGGAGGACCUGCCUGGCGGAGGGCUGGGCGGGCCGUGCUGGAAGACAGUCUCUACCCUCUUUGGGCUGCCGCUUCUUUCCCACUGCCCUUUCAUGCGUUUCGUCUUGGCCAUCACGCUGGUCAACACAGGCUAUUUUGUCCCCUAUGUCCACUUGGUGGCCCGGGCAAGAGAGCUGGAGUUCGAUGAGUACCAGGCCGCCUUCCUGAUGUCUCUGGCGGCGGUGGCGGACCUGUGCGGUCGCCUCUUCUCCGGCUGGCUGGGCAGCUGCAGGUCGUCUCAGCUGAUCCACCUCCUGGUGGUGUGGACCUUCCUGACAGGCAUCUCCUUGCUGCUCAUCCCCUGGGGCCACACCUACCCCGUCCUCAUGGCCAUUAGCCUUGGCUAUGGAUUCUUCUCCGGAGCCCUGACGCCCGUGGUCUUCUCCAUCGUUCCCGAGAUCGUGGGCAUCGAAAAAAUCUUCAGUUCCAUGGGGCUGCUGCAAAUGAUAGAAAGCAUCGGGGGACUCUUGGGGUCCCCCCUGUCGGGCUGCCUGAGAGACCUGACGGGCAGCUACGCGGCCUCCUUCCUAGCCGCUGGUGCCUUCAUCCUGGCCGGCAGCCUCGUGCUGAUGACGGUGCCCAACUUCUCCAGCUGCCUGACCCAGCCGGCUUGGCAGGACGCCAGGGCAAGCGGGGAGGCCGGAGAUGGCAGCCGGUUGGCCUCAGUGGCCCCUGCAGUCCUCCCUCCUGAAAAGUGCCCCUCCUGCACAGUGGGGCCGGUGGCAGAGCAGACCCCCUUGAAGAGCUGAGCGCCUGCAGGAGGCCAAAGGUUGCUGCGGAUCCAGAGCUGGGAGCAGAGACGGAGGACUCUUUGGACCUGAUCAGACAUAUAUGUGUG